CUCUCUCUCUCCCUCCCUCUCUCUUCUCUCUCUCGCUCUCUCUCUCUGGCAUACCCCGGCCAGCUUUAUUGCGCAGCAGUGCUCGUGGUCCCUAUCUAUGCGCUGGAGGGAACUCGCAGGUCGUCCAGCCCGGCAGCGGAGUAACACAGGGGAACCCUGACGAACGGCAUCACCGCGGGAACCAGGGGAGGGAACCUCAACAGCACGCAGAGCACUCUGUCCAGGCCUGGAGGCCUGGGUACGGUUCCAGCAGUCAUGGGGUGGCCAAAGAGGGGCGUGGCCCAGUCAGCUGGGGUCACGGUGCGGUCAGCGGGCCCACUCCUCCUGCUCCUCUUCAUCAGUGUCUCUGGAUUCUCCCAGCAGCCCCUGCCCAGAGUCUUCCUGCCCUUCCAAGAGUUGCUGGCCUCCCAGUCCCUGCAAUAUUACAGUCUAUCUGAGGAGCCCAUGGAUUACAGAAUCCUGGUGAUGGAUGAGGAUCAGGACCGUAUGUAUGUGGGCUGCAAGGACCACGCCCUCUCCAUGGACAUCAACAACAUCACCCAGGGAACCCUACAGGUGUUCUGGCCAGCUUCCAGCAGUAAAAAGCAGGAGUGCCAAAUGGCAGGGAAAGACCCCACGCAUGGCUGUGGUAACUUUGUCAGAGUUAUUCAACCCUAUAACAGGACUCAUCUCUUCAUCUGUGGCAGUGGUGCUUACAGCCCUGUCUGCACCUACAUCAACAGGGGUCGAAGGCCAGAGGACCAAGUGUUCUAUGUGGACUCAGAGGAUGAGUCAGGGAAGGGGAGGUGCUCCUUCAACCCAACAGUCAACACUGUCUCAGUGAUGCUCAACCAGGAGCUCUUCUCCGGAAUGUACAUCGACUUCAUGGGAACAGACCCCGCCAUUUUCCGGAGCCUCACCAAGAGGAACGCCGUCCGGACCGACCAGCACAAUUCCAAGUGGCUGAGUGAACCCAUUUUCAUCGAUGCCCAGCUGAUCCCCGAUGGCUCUGACCCGAAUGACGCCAAGCUCUACUUCUUCAUACGGGAGAGGAUGAUGGACAACAGUGGCAACACCAAACACAUUCACACCAUGGUGGCGAGAGUGUGUCCGAAUGACAUUGGCGGUCAGCGCAGCCUGGUGAAUAAAUGGAGCACCUUCCUGAAGGCUCGGAUGGUCUGCUCUGUGGUGGAGCUUGAUGGCACGGAGACGCACUUCGAUGAGCUGGAGAGUAUAUUUUUACUGGAAACCGAACAUCCCAAGAACCUUCUGUUGUUUGGGAUUUUUACAUCCACAAGCUCCGUGUUCCAUGGCUCAGCGGUGUGCAUGUACAACAUGGCCGACAUCCUGACCAUCUUCAACGGCCCCUUCGCCCACAGAGACGGACCCAACUUCCAGUGGGUCCCGUUCCAGGGCCGGAUCCCCUAUCCCCGCCCUGGCACGUGCCCUGGGGGAGCCUUCACCCCCAGCCUUCACUCCACUAAGGAAUUCCCGGAUGAGGUGGUGACGUUCAUCAGGACUCACCCGGUGAUGUUCAAUCCCAUCUACCCCGUGGGCAGGAAGCCGCUGGUGGUGCGCACGCAGGCCGACUACAAGUACACCGCCAUCGCCGUAGACCAGGUGACCGCGGCCGACGGCCGCUACCAGGUGCUGUUCCUGGGCACAGAUAGAGGAACGGUGCAGAAGGUGAUCGUCCUCCCCACUAAUCGUUCACUGGAUGAGGAUCUGAUCCUGGAGGAGCUGGAAGUAUUUAAGAAUGAGGCUCCAGUGACAAAUUUAAGAAUUUCCUCUAAAAAGCAACAGCUGUAUGUGAGUUCGGAGUACGGGGUUUCCCAGGUGUCUUUGCACCGUUGCCAUGCCUACGGCACAGCAUGCGCAGACUGCUGUCUGGCCAGAGACCCUUACUGCGCCUGGGAUGGUCUGACCUGCUCACACUUCUACCCCCUGGGCAAAAGCAGGAGAAGCAGAAGGCAGGACAUCAUUCAUGGGAACCCUUUGACACAGUGCAAAGGAUUCAAUCUGAAAGAGUACAGGAAUGCUGCAGAGAUGGUGCAGUACGGCAUAAGGAACAACACCACCUUCCUGGAGUGUUUGCCAAAGAUCCCACAGGCCUCCAUCAAGUGGCUGAUUCAGAGGGACAACGACCGGCGGAAAGAGGUGAAGCUGAGUAACAGGGUCGUGUCCACGGAUCACGGGCUGCUGUUCCGCUCGGUCCAGCCCAUGGACCAGGGCCUGUACUACUGCCUGGCCACGGAGAACAGCUUCAAGCGCACGGUGGCGAAGAUCCGCCUGCGCGUGCUGAGCUCGCUGACGGACGGGCGGGCGGCCCCCCCGCCGCCGCCGCCGCAGCCCGGGGUCCUGCAGGGGUCGCUGAGCACCAGCGAGGCGCUGGCCAUGCAGCGGUACUGCAAGGAGCAGCAGCAGGCCCAGCGGGUCGGCCCUCUCCGGGGGGACCUCGCCAAACUGAAGAAGAUCAUGGAGCACAGGAAGAGCAGGAGCCGCAGAAACCCGCCCACUCCGGACUAGGCGGGACAGUGGGUGAGGCUGGGGGGCGGGGCUGGGGUUUGAUGGGGCGUGGCUUGGGGUUUACCUGGGAGGGGCACAUGUAGACAGACACAUGGGCACGCACACACAUACACACACACUCACCUAUAGAUGCUUUCCUGAUGUCUUUUAAAGUUAGUGUGGUGAGUUCAUAACUUUGCUCAAAGUUCAUGGUUAUAUUUACAGAAUAAUCACCGCUGAUUCACUGUUCACUCACACAAUGUGAAUGUUAUUUCAAAUGCUCAACCAGGGGUGUCAGAUCUUAUCCAAAAAAGGCCAGAGUGGGUGUAGGUUUUUGUUUUGGUCCAGCACGAAUUCUACUUGGUCUUGAUUGAAGACCAUGAUAAAUUAAAGUUAAUUAGGUGGAUGUGCCAUAGUAACAGAAUAAAACAAAAACCUACAUCCACAUUGGCCCUUUGAGGACCAGAUUGGACAUCCCGUGCAAAAUCUACAGGGCUUUUUACAAAUGAAAUGAAAUAAGGUAUUUCAGGUCCUGUUUGAUGACUUAUUAGUAUCAUUAUUUCUAUAGAGAAUGUCGAUAAAAGUGAAAUUGCAAGUAAUCUACAAAAAAUGAUCUGUGUGUGUGUGUGUGUGUGUGUGUGUGUGUGUGCGUGUACUUUAAUCAUGCACACUAAGUACUAAAAAAUGAAAUUAGUCAGAAUGAGUCAGCUGUGCUCGGAAUGUACGAAUGCUUGGGUAUUCCCAAACAUAUAAAAAUGCACGGAAUUCUCUCCACAUUCACAGAUUAAUAGCACUCACAUACAGGUGUAAGUAAUCCUCUUAUUCACACAGUCCAUGCUGAAAUUUAAGUUAAGCAAAAAACUUGACCAAAGCCCUUAACUGUAUAAGGAAUAUAUACUUUCUAAUACAGUAAGUGAGGGCUUAACUGUGUUUAGCUAAAAGCAGACUCAGCUGGAUGAGGAAAGUAUUUUUUUCAUUAGUGAAUUGGAACCUGCACAUUUUGAAAUAGUGUUUUUGAAGAAUCAGAGGACUUCAUUAUUUCUCUUGUAAUUAAAUAUUUUCUCUGGAGGAGGUAGAAUUUCUGUCACUUUAAUUAUCUGAUUAAAGGUUCUUCUCUGUGAUAAAGCAUGUUUUGUCUGACAUAAUCAUACCCUCUUUCUUGUUAGACUUAUCAUUAUAUGAAUUAUGAGGCUUCUGUCAUUUGAAAUGUAUCACACAAUUAAUAAAAAGCUAAUAUUGCACUUA